AUGGGGGGGCGGGUCCGGUGGGGGCUGGGCGAUGAAUUGGGCAGGGUCCCUGGGAAGCCCCCAAACCAGCCCUCCACCGACAGGCAGCACGAGGGUGUCAGUAGAGAGGAGGGCGAAUGGAAUUGGGGGUCUCCGGCUGAGGGCACCCUGAGGACACAUCCCGGCGAGUCACCCACCGCUGAUAUCUCUAGGACGCGCCCACCCCGACCCCCGCAGCCGCUCGCAGCCCCUCCCUCCCAGCCCCACCGGGAUCACCCCCCGGUGCCGGCGCCGGUGCCGCUGCCGGUGCCGGUGCCGCUGCCGCUCUCGGUUCCGCACGAGCCCCGCUCUCCGCCCGUCCCCGUGGCCUCGGGGCGGACACCGAACGCCCCCCUCCUAGGCCCCGCCUUUCCCCGCGGUGGCCGCCGGUCCCCCCGCCCCGUCUCCACCUUCCCCUAUCCCUUCUUGCUCCGGGUCCCCGACGCCGUCCGUCACCGAGGCACCGGUAGCGCCGGUUCCGGGACACCCGUGCCGGGAUACCGGGAUAAACCGGGACAAACCGGGACUACAUCUCCCGGCAGCCCUGCCCGCCUCACCGCCCCCUACUGGCUGUAUCGGGCUGUACCGAGCCAGGCUGAGCUGUUCCGAGCCGUACCGGGCUCUACCGAGUUAUACCGGGCCGUAGCGAGCCAUACUAAUCUGCACCGAACUGCUGUGCCACGACCCCGUGUGCCAGUCUCAGUACUGUGGCAUGACAGUGGUGCUAUGGCCAGGCGAUGGUGCGAGGAGACAGUGGAAGUGACAGCAGAGGAGGAGGUGACACCACGGCUGGAGGAUGCGGUGCCCUGUGCCAGCCUCUACCACUACAGCCUGUCUGGGUGGCGGAUUGACCGCGACCGCAUGCGCCAAGCCUAUGGUGGGGACCGUGGUGAGCCCCGGUCUGGCUCUGGCAAACCCCUCUGCUACAUCUACCGACCCCCAGAGAUGCGGCCGGUGGUGUGGAACCGGACAGUGCUGGCCUGCUGCCAUGGCUGGAGCGGGCCACACUGCACCGAAGGUGAAGGCUUUCUGGGGCAAUGCUACAGCACAUGGCAGUGCCAGGAAGAUGUCAGCAGCCACAACCUCAGUGCCAUGAGCCUGGCUGAAUGCUGCCAGCACCCGUGGGGCCACAGCUGGCGCAAUGGAUCCGCCGCACCCUGCCUGGCCUGUACCCGCCUGCCUCUCACCGGGGAUGCGUCACCAGGGCUGUCACCUGCCAUGUCCCUGCGGGGAGCAGUCGCCCAGCACCGUGGCAUCGGGGCCGAGUGCCUGGCCUGGGCUGGGUCCCACUACCGCACCUUUGACCGGCGCCACUUCCACUUCUCCGGCCACUGCCUCUACACCCUGGCCACUGGCACUGAUGGCACCUGGGCUGUCACCAUCGCUGCUGGCGAGCACCGGGCGCUGCACAUGACCUUUGGCACGGACACUGUGACGUUGCGGGGUCGGAACGUCUCGGUGAACGGCGCGGUGGUGCCCGAGGGGCAGCCGUACCUGCGCAGCGGGAUCACUGUCACCUGGCUGGGUGACUGGGUGGCUGUGGCCAGCGGGCUGGGCGUGAGGGUGGCAUCGGACGGGCACCAGACGGUGACGGUAAUGGUGGACGCCGAGCUGCGGGGCAACACAAGGGGGCUCUGUGGCACCUACAACGAUGACCCUGCUGAUGACUUCCAGCGGCCGCGGGGCGACGUGGCCGCCUUUGCUUCCAGUUUUGGCAACUCCUGGAAGGUGCCGGGUGCUGCCGCAGAGGCUAACUGCAGGGACGUGGUGGAGCCUGGCCCAGGUUGUGCCAUGGGCACUGUGGUGCAGCAGACAGCCGAGGCCAGCUGUGGCAAGCUGCUGGCUGAACCCUUCCGCCAGUGCCAUGAUGAGGUCGACCCUGGUGGUUUUUACGCAGCAUGCCUGGACCUGUGGUGCCAGGAGGGGGAUGCCAGCACCUUGCCACCACCUACUGUCUGCGACACCUUUGCUGCCUAUGCCCGGAGCUGUGCCCGCCACCAGACCCACCUGGACUGGCGCCAGCCUGACUUCUGUGAGCGCAGCUGUGCCGUCGGGCAGCGUUUCUCUGAUUGUGUCUCCUCGUGCCCCCCGAGCUGUGCCAGUGUGGGCAGCACCGAGGCAGGGCCAUGUCACCAUGACUGUGCUGGUGGUUGCGAGUGCAUGCCAGGGCUCUACUGGGAUGAGGGGCUCUGUGUGCCCCCUGCUGCCUGCCCCUGCCAGCACCGGCAACAGCGCUAUGCCCCUGGGCAGAGCAUCCGCCAGCGAUGCAACCUCUGCACGUGCCAGGGUGGGCACUGGCUCUGCGGGCAGGAGCGGUGCCCGGGGGAGUGUGCAGUGCUGGGAGGCCACCACUACAUCACCUUUGACCGCCGGCGCUUCUCUUUCCUGGGCUCUUGUGCCCACAUCCUGGUGCAGGACUUCGUGGAGGGGCAGCUGCUGAUCACGGCUGAGCAUGAGGCUUGUGCUGACCAACAGACUCCUGUCUGCCGCCGCACCCUCUCCGUCAGUGCCCGGCGGACCUCUGCCCGUCUCCGUGGCACAGGCGAGGUGACGGUGGAUGGGCAAGAGGUGUCGCUGCCCUUCUAUGGCACUGAGCUGAGUGUCCGCCGUGCCUCCUCCUCCUUCUUGCUGCUCCAGACCUUUGGGGCCCACGUGCUCUGGGGGCUGGAGACCCCCAACAUCUAUAUCAUCCUGCAGCCAACCUUUGCCGGCAAGGUGCGGGGCCUCUGUGGCACCUACAACUGGCACCAGCAGGAUGAGUUCACCACGCCGGCAGGGGACGUGGAACUUGGCAUCGUUGCCUUUGCCAACAAGUUCCGGGUUCCUGGCACUUGUCCAGCUCCUAGCCCUGUGCCCCUCGACUCCUGCGAUGCGUUUGCUGGGCACAGGGAGCUGGUUGAGGCUGCCUGCGCCGUCCUGCUUGGUGCCAUCUUCCAGCCCUGUCACCAGCUGGUGGAUCCGGAGCCAUUCUUGGAGCUGUGCCAGGCCGAGGCCUGUGCCUGCCAGGAUUUGCCACAGUGCCUGUGCCCAGUGCUGGCUGCAUACAGCAGGGAGUGUGCCAGGGAUGGGGCUGAGCUCACCUGGAGGAACCAGAGCUUCUGCCCUGCACCGUGUGCUGGGGGCCAGCUGUACCAGGACUGUGGCCGGGUCUGUGGCCAGAGCUGUGCUGAGCUGCGGUUGGACGGGGCCAGAGGCUCCUGCCUGGAGCUGCCUGGGCUCUGUGUGCCUGGCUGCCAGUGCCCUGCUGGGCUGCUGCUGGCGCAAGAAGGACAAUGUGUGCCCCCGUCUGCCUGCCCCUGCCGCCAUGGCACCCAGCUCCACCCACCUGGCACCCACGUCCGGCAGGGCUGCAGUGACUGCAUCUGCACCGGGGGCUCCUGGCAUUGUGCCGAAGGGCCCUGCCCCAUGGCUGCCCUCUGCCCGGGAGGGCUGCUCCAUGCCCCUGGCUCCUGCCUGCGCCGCUGCGACAGCACCGAGCCCAAUGGCACCUGCGCCGGCAUUGCCGAUGGCUGCGUCUGCCCCCCUGGCACCGUCUACCUGGAUGGCAGCUGUGUGGCACCAGAUGAGUGUCCCUGUGUCCAUGGUGGGCAGCUCUACCGGCCCAAUGCCACCAUCAUCCAGGACUGCAACACCUGCGUGUGCCAGGGGCAGCAGUGGCACUGCGGGCAGGAGGCAUGCGCAGGGACCUGCGUGGCAACAGGGGACCCUCACUACAUCACCUUCGAUGGCAGAGCCUUCACCUUUCCAGGGGACUGCGAGUAUCUGCUGGCUCGGGAGGCCACUGGGCUCUUCACUGUCACUGCUGAGAACGUGCCCUGUGGCACCACCAGCAUCACCUGCACCAAGUCGGUGGUGGUGGUGAUGGGCAACACCGUGGUGCACAUGCUGCGAGGGAGGGAUGUGAUGGUGAAUGGCAUCUCAGUGCGACCCCCCAAAGUCUAUGGUGGUACUGGGCUGGCACUGGAGCGUGCUGGGAUCUUUGUCCUGCUUGUGUCCCGCCUGGGGCUGGCUGUGCUCUGGGAUGGAGGUAUGAGGGUUUACAUCCGUCUGGAGCCGCAGCACCGGGGCCGUGUGGCUGGGCUGUGUGGGGACUUCGAUGGCGACGCCGAGAACGAUUUCCGCAGCCGCCAAGGGGUCCUGGAGCCCAGUGCCCACCUCUUUGCCAACUCCUGGCGCCUCAGCCUGCUCUGCCCAGAGGUUGAUGGCACCGAUGCCCGGCACCCCUGCACUGAGAACCCCCACCGGGCACCGUGGGCUCGCCGGCGCUGUGCAAUCCUUCACCAGCAACUUUUUGCACGGUGCCACGAGUCCGUUCCAUGCCAACGCUUCUAUGACUGGUGCCUCUUUGAUGCCUGCGGGUGUGACUCCGGAGGGGACUGCGAGUGUCUGUGCACAGCCAUCGCCACCUACGCCCAGGAGUGUGCCAAGCGUGGCAUCCACGUCCCAUGGCGCAGCCAGGACUUGUGUCCCCUGCAAUGCAAUGGGGGGCAGGAGUACAGCCCUUGUGGCCCCCCCUGCCCUCCAACCUGCCGUGGCCUCGGCCAGGAGCCUCCUGAGCACUGCCGUGAUCUGCCCUGCCUGGAGGGCUGCUUCUGCCCCACGGGAACCGUGCUGCAUGAUGGCCGCUGCCUGCACCCCACUGACUGCCCUUGCUUCUGGGAUGGCUUUGCCUUCCCAGCCGGUGCUGCAGUGCAGCAGGGCUGCAAGAACUGCACGUGCACAGCAGGACACUGGCAGUGCCCGUUGUCACCAGAUCCAUGCCCACUGGCACCACGCUGUGCCCCCUGGGAGUUCUCGUGCCAUGCUGAUGGGCGCUGCGUGCCAGGCACCUGGCUGUGUGAUGAUGAGGAUGACUGCGCCGAUGGCUCGGAUGAGGCCUGUGCCCCACGCUGUGCCCCACACCAGCACCGCUGCACCGAUGGGCAAUGCCUGGCAUGGGCUGGGCGCUGCGAUGGCACUGCUGACUGUGCUGAUGGCUCGGAUGAGGCCGGCUGCCCCCCAGCCUCCUGUUUGCCUCCCAGUUUCAGCUGUGCCAGCGGCCGCUGCCUGCCCCCAGUGCAGGUCUGCAAUGGGCACCUGGACUGCGGCGAUGGGGAUGGCUCGGACGAGGCAGGGUGCAGCCCGCGGUGUGCAGAGAGCGAGUUCCGGUGCGCCGUGGGGCGCUGUGUGCCCUACCCCCAGCGCUGCGACGGCCGCGACCACUGCGGCGACUUCAGCGAUGAGCGCGGCUGUGGCUGCCCCCCCGGGCACCUCCAGUGCCCCGAUGGGCAUUGCCAGCCCCCCGCCGCCGUCUGCGACGGCCACCGCGACUGCGCUGAUGGCACCGACGAAGCCUUCUGCCCUGAGCGGGCAACGUGCCCCCCUGGGCAGCUACCCUGCCCCGAUGGCUCCUGCAUCGGCGAGGCCGCCGUGUGCGACGGUGCCAGCCACUGCCGCGAUGGCUGGGACGAGAGCCCAGCAGGCUGCGCUGUGGCACUGUCCGCGGCUGUUCCCACCGUGCCCACCAAUGCCUCAGCAGAGCCGGCAUGCGGCCCCUACGCCUUCAGCUGUGGCAGCGGGCACUGCGUGCCACGGGGGUGGUUGUGUGAUGGUGAGGCCGACUGCCAGGAUGGCACCGACGAGCUGGGCUGUGUCAGUGACUGCCAGCCUGGCCACAUCCCCUGUGCCCAUGGUGCUGGCUGCGUUCCCUAUGGGCACCUCUGCGAUGGCAUCUCUCACUGCCAUGACCACUCCGAUGAGAGCCAUGACCGCUGCGGCUCCAGCGCCAUCCUGCCGUGCCUGGGCCGCUUCUCCUGUGACGAUGGCAUUUGCCUCAACAUCUCGAGGGUCUGUGAUGGUGCCACCGACUGUCCCCAUGGCGAGGAUGAGCUGGCCUGUGCGAGCCAUGUCCCCACUGGUGCCACCAACCAAACCAGGGGUACCUGCACCGAAUUCUCCUGUGGUGGGGGCGAGUGUGUCACCUUCCAGCAGGUGUGUGAUGGUGUGCCCGACUGCAGUGCUGGGGGUGCCGAUGAGGGGGGCUGUGGGGUGUGGGGACCCUGGGGACCUUGGGGUCCCUGCACCCACUCUUGUGGGCCCGGCCAGCAGCGCCGCAGCCGUGCCUGUCACCAGCACCGUGCUGGCAUCCUGCAUCGCUGCCAGGGCCAGGCCCAGCAGGAGCAGCAGUGCUUCAGCCUUGCCUGCCCGGUGGAUGGCUCCUGGGAAGAGUGGGGGCCCUGGUCCGGCUGCUCGGGGGGCUGCCAGGGGGUGCGGCUGCGGCGGCGACUCUGCCGGGACCCCCUCAACGGCGGCCGGGGCUGUGCGGAGCUGCCGGAGGGGGACCUUCAGAGCGUCCAGAUGGGUCCCUGCGCCCCCGGGGGCUGCCCCAAUGCCUCCUCCUGCCCAUGGGGGCUGCACCCACACGCCUGUGUCCCGUGCCCUGCGUCCUGUGCCGACCUGGCCACGGGCACCGACUGCAGGCACCACCGGCCCUGCUCUCCCGGGUGUUGGUGUGCACCGGGGCUGGUGCUGGAUGCGGGCGAGGCUGGAACUGGGCGGUGUGUGCGACCGCGGGACUGCUUAUGCCAGGCUGGAGGGCUGCGGUACCGCCCGGGGCAGCUGGUGAAGGUCGGCUGCCAACUCUGCACCUGCCUGGAUGGACAGCUGCGGCUGUGCCACCCCAAUCCCGACUGCACCGUUAACUGCGGCUGGUCAUCGUGGUCAGCAUGGGGUGAGUGUCCAGGGCCCUGUGGCACCCAGAGCGUGCAGUGGUCUUUCCGCAGCCCCACCAACCCCAGCCGGCGUGGCAGCGGGCGGCAGUGCCGGGGCAUCUACCGCAAGGCUCGCAGGUGCCAGACUGCUCCGUGCCGGCAGUGCCGGUACCAGGGCCGCCGGCACAGCCCAGGUGAGCGCUGGCGCAGGGAGCCGUGCCACGUCUGCCAGUGCCUGCCCAGCCUGGCUGUCCACUGCUCGCCGUACUGCCCACUCCGUGCCACCGGCUGCCCACAGGGCCAGGUACUGGUAGAGGGCCAUGGGGAUGCCUGCUGCUCCUGCAUGCCCGGGGGUGACAACGUGACAGCUGUGCCCCCGAUCCUGGCAACAGAGCCUCUUCCUUCUGCCACCACAAUGCCACCAGAAUCCCCUGACAGUCCCCUCCUAACCUUCCCACUGCCUCCCCUGGGUGACCCCUGCUACCACCCAUUGGGCAUCGCCGCGCUGCCCAACAACAGCUUCAGUGCCUCCAUGGCACAGGCUGGGAGCCCCCCUGAGGCUGCCCGGCUGCACCAGAGUGAUGCUGGCAAUGAUGGUGCCACUGGGAUGGGGCUGCAGGGUUGGGCACCCCCAGAUGAGGCCUACACGGCACUGCCCACUCAUCCCCCCUUCCUGCAACUGGACCUGCUGCAGCCCACCAACAUCACUGGGGUGGUGGUGCAGGGAUCUGGCUCCUCCGAUGCCUUCGUCACUUCCUUCCUGCUGCAGUUCAGCGACGAUGGCACCCGCUGGCACCGCUACCGCCAGCUGUUCUUGGGUAGCUGGGCAGUGGGCACACCAGCGGUGCGGCUGCUGGGCCGCAUGGUGCAGGCGCGGCACCUCCGCAUCCUGCCCAGGGGCUUCCACCGCCGCAUGGCCCUGCGCGCUGAGCUGCUGGGCUGCCCACCAGUGCCAGCGCUGACGCCGGUAGUGCCAGUGAUGAUGCCAGUGACGAGGACACUGCCAGUGAUGCCAACACGGCACCUGUGUGGUGUUGGCGAGUUCCACUGUGCCAACGGGGUCUGCAUCCCAGGGGGGCCCCAUGGUGCCGUGUGUGAUGGCAUCAAUGACUGCGGGGACCUCUCGGAUGAGCUGCCCUGCGCCCUCUUCCCCUGCUCGGGCACCAGCAGCUGCCUCCUGGCACACCAGAGGUGCGAUGGCAUUGCCGACUGUGCUGAUGGCACCGAUGAGGCUGGUUCUGCCAGUGUCAUGGUGACAAGAUCCCACCCACCAUCGGUGCCUAUGGGCACGGUGACCCCCACGGUGCCAGGACCUGGUGGCCUGGAGGGCUCUGAGGCUGCCCCUCCACCAGAUUCCACCAGCCCCCUGGUCGGGGGCGCGCCCUCCAGCUGCCCCCCCAAGCAGUUCGGCUGCGGCAGCGGCGGGGGCUGCGUGCCCCGCGGGAAGCGCUGCGACCUCCGCCCCGACUGCCCUGACGGCUCCGACGAGCGCGGCUGCGCCGACUGUGUACUGUCGUCUUGGGGAGAGUGGGGGCCUUGCAGCCGCUCCUGCGGGCUGGGGGUGACACUGCGGCUGCGGGUGGAGCUGAGGGGAGCCCUGCCCGGGGGGGGCUGCGACCGCCCCCGCAUCGACACCCGGCCCUGCUUCGAGAGAGCCUGCCCAGUGCCCGGCGGCUGGGCACGCUGGGGAUCGUGGUCGCCCUGCGACGCCCCAUGCGGGGGGGGCGUGAGGAGCCGGACCCGGAGCUGCAGCGACCCCCCCCCAAAAAACGGGGGCGAGCCCUGCCCAGGCCCUCCCCUGCAGAGCGAGCCCUGCAACCUGCGGCCCUGCGGGGACCCCCCAGCCUGCGCCCCCCCGAUGGUGUUUGUGGGGCCGGGGGGCUGCGAGGUGGGGCAUGUCCCCUCCUGCCCUGCAACCUGCGGGGACCUGAGCACCAACGGGAGCUGCCCCGAGGAGUGCCAGGAGGGCUGCCGGUGCCCGCUGGGGCUGUACCUGCAGGACAGCAGCUGUGUCACUGCCACCGACUGCCGGUGCCACCUGCCCGGCCGCCAGCUCCUGCCUGGGGAGGCCUUUGCCAGCAGCUGCCAGACCUGCGUGUGCCAGGCAGGCCAGGUGCGGUGCCAGCCUGAGGCAUGUGCCAAGGACUGUGGCUGGUCGGGGUGGUCGCCUUGGACACGCUGUGAUGGGGACUGCGGCGUGGGCACCCAGCAGAGGUUCAGGUCGCCCACCAACCCCACAGCAGCCGCUGGUGGUGCCCCCUGUGCCGGGCCCAGCUGGGAGCAACGCGAGUGCCAGGAGCCCUGUGUCACCAAGGCACCAUGGAGCACGUUGGCACCCUGGGGCACAGGGGAGCUGUGGGGUGCAUGGGCAUCGUGGGCACCAUGGGGGCCCUGCAGCGUGUCCUGUGGUGGGGGAGAGCGGCUGCGCCGGCGGCAGUGCCAGGGGGCACCAUGCCCAGGUCUGGGCCUGCAGAGCCAGAGCUGCAACAGCCAAGUCUGCCGCGAUGCUGGGUGCCCUCCAGGGAGGCUGUUCCGUGGGUGCCCAGGGGAUGGGGGGUGCCCCUUCAGCUGCGCCCACCUGGCAGGGAGGGAGGAGUGUGCCCAGGGGGACUGCACCGAGGGGUGCCACUGCCCCCCUGGCACCCUCCUGCACCAUGGAGCCUGCGUUCAGGAGUGUCCCUGUGUGGUGACGGCGGAGCUGCUGCGGGAGCUGCAGGACGGGGGUACCGCCCCCCCGGCCCCGCCUGGCAGCACCCCCGGCCCCGAAGGCACCACUGUCAGCAGCAGCACCCAUGGCACCAGCACCCAUGGACCCCGCCUCGCCCUGGGCCAGGAGGUGCCCCCGGGCAGCAUCAUCCAGAUGGGCUGUGGCAACUGCUCGUGCCAGGGGGGCCGCCUGCACUGCCGACCCGGGGGGUGCCGAGGGGAACACUGGAGCUCCUGGGGCCCCUGGAGUCGCUGCUGGCCCGACUGCGGCGGGGGACUGGGGGUCAGCACCCGCCGGAGGGGCUGCCCGGGCGACCCCUCCCCGGCUCCACGCUGCGCCGGCGCCAGCACCGAGAGCAGGUUCUGCCACAGCCCGCCCUGUGCCGGCAGCAGGACCCGGGGGCACUGGGAGCCCUGGGGGCCCUGGACAGCCUGCAGCCGCAGCUGCACCCGCCCCGAGGCUCCGGCCACCAAGAGCCGGCGACGGGGCUGCGGGGGGGGCGCGGGGGGCUGCGGGGGGAGCGGCCUCCAGCAGAGACCCUGCAACCUGCCCCACUGCUCAGCCGUGUAUGACCCCCCUUCCGUCUCCGCAGCUGCCCCUUCCCGUGACUGCCGCUGGACCCCCUGGGGGCCGUGGGGGGGCUGUUCCCGGAGCUGCGGCGGGGGGCAGCAGCUCCGCAUCCGCGCCUAUACCCCCCCUACCCCGGGGGGCCGCUGGUGUCGCGACAUCCUCCGCGAUAACCUCCAGUAUCGAGCCUGUGGGCUGCGGGCCUGCCAGGUGGCCGGUGCCUGGUCCCCGUGGUCGCCCUGGUCCCGCUGUGACCGCAGCUGUGGCGGGGGGCGCUCCGUCCGCAGCCGCUCCUGCACUCGCCCCCCCCCAAAAAACGGGGGGCAGCCCUGCCCGGGGGAGCGGCAUCAGCUGCGCCUCUGCAACCCCCAGCCCUGCGGCACUGUGUGCCCUCCCGGCUUGGCACCGGUGCCUUGUGCCACCCAGUGCCCGCGGCACUGCCGGGACCUGCAGCAGGGGCUGGUCUGCGCGGAGGGGGUGUCCUGCCAGCCCGGCUGCCGCUGCCCCAAUGGCACUCUGGAGCAGUCGGGUCGCUGCGUGCCCCCCAGCCAGUGUCCCUGCCUGUCCCGGGGAGGGCGGCUCUGGGCUGCCGGGAGCCGGUCCCGUGCCGGUUGCUGGAGCUGCCGCUGCAGCGGGGGGUUUCUGAGUUGCACCCCCAGGAGCUGCCCUCCGCCGCGCUGUGCCUUCAGCCGCUGGAGCCGCUGGGGAGCCUGCAGUGUCACCUGCGGCGGGGGCACAAGGGAGCGUUACAGAACACGGAUCGCAGGGCGCUGCGGGGGCGCGGAGCGGCAGAGCCGGCGGUGCCAGGAGGGGCCAUGCCCUCCCCUCUGCCCCUGGGCUGGGGGCGAGCGGCACCUGGGAGAGAGCUGGACCGGGGCGGGCUGCGAGCGCUGCACCUGCACCCCCGAGGGCCCUCAGUGCCAGGCCACCCCCUGUGCUGAUCUGGGGGUCUGCGUGUGGGGUUCCUGGACCCCCUGCAGCCAUUCGUGUGGCACCGGCCUGGCCAUGCGGGAGGCCACCUGCACACACCUCAAUGGCACCCAUGGGGAUGGCACCCGCAUCCACCAGGAGGUCAAGGCCUGUUACCUGCGUCCAUGCCCAGCUGCCUGCCCCUGGGGCUCCUGGAGCCAUUGGACCCUCUGCUCCUGCCAGACCCCCUGGCAGCACCGGCACCGGCACCGGCUGGGCACUGCAGGCUGCGUGGGCACUGAUGGGCAGAGCCGCUCCUGCAACAUGUCAGGGUGCUCGGAGCUGAGCUGUGCGCCCCCAUUCCAGUACCAGCCGUGUGGUCCCCCUUGUGCUGGGCUCUGUGCCAGCCUCCAGCACCCUCAGUUCUGCCUUGUGCCCUCCCAGUGCCAGCCCGGCUGUGUCUGCCCGCAGGCAAGGAGGGGCAUGAGAUGGGCACAGGGGGCUGUGUGGGAGUGCGGGGCUAUGAGAGGGGGGCUGCUGGAGCAGUCGGGGGGGUGCGUGCCCCCCUCCCAGUGCCACUGCCUGCACCCCAGUGCCCCCCAGUCCCUGGCUGCUGGUGUCCGUGUCUGGCUGGGCUGCAAGGAGUGUGUGUGCCAGAACGGGACCCUGCAGUGUAGCCAUAGGCAGUGCUGGGGGCGGCUGCCACUGAGCCCCUGGUCAGAGUGGGGACCCUGCAGCCCCUGCCAGCUCCUGCCCAUGCUGCAACCUGGCACUGGAGCACCGAGCCUGGCAUGGCCAGGAGGGAGUACACUGGAUGAGGGGACACCAGUGGCUGAGUGGACACCAGACGAGGGGACAUUGGAUGAGGGGACACUGGUGGCUGAGGGGACAGCAGCAGCUGAGUGGAUACAGGAUGAAUGGACAUCGAAUGAGGGGACACUGGUGGCCGUGGGGACACCAGUGACAGAGGAGACACCAGUGACAGAGGGGACACCAGUGACAGAGGGGAUGCCAGCUGAGUGGACACCAGUGGCUGAGUGGACACUGGCUGAGACAACGCUGGCAGCUGAGGGGACAUCAGUGGCUGAGGGGACACAGGUGGAUGAGGGUACACCAGUCGAGGUGACGUUGGCAGCUGAAAGGAUACCAAUGGGCAAGGGAAUGCCAAUGAUGGAGACAACAUCAGCCAAGGGGACACUGAUGCCUGAGGUGACACAGCCCAAGGAGACACCAGCAGAGGUGGCACUGCCUGAGGGGACCCAGGUGGCCUCGCUGCAGUGGCGCUACCGGACCUGUCUGGACCCCCAGAGUGGCCUGGCCUGGGGGGGGCCCGCGGCUGCCUGCUCAUCUGAGCUGCGCCAGCAGCGGCCCUGCCCAGACACCUCCCUGUGCCAAGACUUCUGCCUCUGGAGCCCCUGGGGACCCUGGGGACCUUGCCCAGAUCCCUGUGGUGGUGGCUACCGCCUGCGCCAGCGCCAAGCCUGGCACCCAGCUGGUGCUUGGCACUGCCACGGUGCCCAGACCCAGACCCAGAGCUGCCCCACUGCCCCAUGCCCAGGUAAGGGGUGCCAGGAACAUGGCCAGGCCCGGUGUCCCUGUGCCUGUGCUGACCUCUGGCCCCAUAUCGAGUGUCUUCAGGGGCCCUGCACAGCUGACUGCCAGUGCCCCCCGGGGCAGCUGCUGCAGGAUGGGGACUGCGUGGAUGUCACCAUCUCUGGGGACAACGGCACUCGCCAGCUGCCACCGGCGGAGAUGACACAGCAACAGUGCCACAACUGCACAUGCCAGAACAGGACCUUCAGCUGCCCAACGUCACCGUGUCCCUCCUAUGGGCCAUGGUCACCGUGGGGACCCUGCUCCAGGAGCUGUGGUGGUGGCAGCACCUCCCGGCACCGCGACUGCCACCGGAAUGCCAGUGGGGUGGCCUGUGGUGACACUGGCACCAAGGAGACAGCUGAGUGCAACCAACAGCCCUGCCCUAGUGAAGAGCACCCUGUGACAGUGACAGUGCCACUGCUGAUGCUGGUGAUGACAGUGAUGGUGCUGGUGUUGGCUCCAAUGACAGUGCCAGUGCCACUGCUGAUGCUGGUGAUGACAGUGAUGGUGGCAGUGCCAGUGCUGGUGAUGGUGCUGGUGAUGCUGAUGGUGGUGGUUGCCACUGUUGGUGACAGUGCAAGUGAUGACGGUGCCAGUGCCAGUUCCAUGCCUUGUGCCCACACAGCCUGUCCCACUGAUGAGCUGUGGCAAGACCCAGAGGUGCCCUACGGCUGCAACCAGAGCUGCCAGGACAUUGGGCAUGAGCCCCCACCUGACUGCCCUGUGCCACCAGCUGCAGGCUGUGUGUGCCAGCCUGGGCACUACCGUAAUGACAGCGGGCACUGUGUUUCUGCUGCCCAGUGCCACUGCUGGCACCGUGGGCAGCUGCACCAGGCUGGCAGCGAGUGGCAGGAGUUGUGCCAGGUGUGCCACUGUGUGGCUGGGAGGGUGGCCUGUGGCCCUCUCCAGUGCUCCCCAGUCACCUGCCCUGAGGGCUCCGUCAAGGUCCGGGAGCCAAGCGGCUGCUGCCCUGUGUGCCGGGAGCUGUGGCCAGAUGUGUCCCCCUCCACGUGCCACCGCGUCACCGAGCUGCGGAACAUCACCCAGGGCCCCUGUGCCCUGCCUGGGGUCAGCGUCACCUCCUGUGUUGGGCAUUGCCCGUCACGCACUGCCGUCACCACCCAGGAGCCGUACCUGCGCAGCCUGUGCCAGUGCUGUAGUUACCAGCUGGACCCUGCCAGCCCUGUCCGCACCCUGCGGCUGCUCUGCCCGGGAGGGGGCACCCGGCCUGUGCUGCUGCCCCGGAUCAGUGCCUGCCACUGCUCUGCAUGCCAGGGUGAGGGGGAGCAAGGACAGGACCCCAGGGUGUGA